UUACAGAUGCUGUAUGCCUUUAUCCACAUGUUGCGCUCAGUCCGGCUCCAUCGGUGGACCCGAGAUGACAAUAAUACGAAGGCUGAUCUUGUUGUCGGUGCUGUUCGCACUGCUGACACGUGACUGCCUGUUGCUUGCAGUGCCUACGCCGACUUCAUCAGCAAGGUCCGCCCAAUCGCUGGCAAUUCUCCGUGCUCGAGAUGACUGCUAUCGCAGCGAGAGGAUUAGCUUAGACCAGCGACUGGCGCUGGAACGACAGCAGUACAAGAACUUACCGUAUGUUCACCGUUAUGUCUACUGCUUCUGGACGCGCCUACAGUUAUGGCAGGAUGGCAUUGGCUUUGAUGCGAUGCGCAUUAUCGAGAGCUUUGGUGGCCCGAGACGGUUGAAUCUCGAGCAAACUGUGCCGGCCAUUAACAGCUGCAAUGCGCAUGCUCGCCGCUCCUCCCGGACCGUGCUUGACUGGUGCUAUGGCGCGUUUGUUUGUGUGCUGCGGACGCCAGUGGGGGAUUGGUAUCGCCGGCACAUGCAGGACGUAAUCAAUGGCAACGCUUAGCUUUAAUUGCCUCAGCAGGUUUCGUUCCAAGGGAGGAGGUUGGUCGAAGGAUCUGCGUUGUUGGAUUGUAUAAUGUCUAUGAAUAAUAAAAAGCAAAA